AUGUCUGCGAAUGGAGCAUGGAAGCGCCUGCAGCGCGGCAUGCCGGCCAUUAUGCUAGGCACGCUGUUUAACGUUCUGGAUGCAGUCUCGACAGGCCUGCUCGUCUUCCCAAGCGACGGCAGAGCCUUCGCAGGACUGCAGAACAAGUCAAUGUCUACAUACAUCAUGAGCUCAAUCCUUAGCCAAGUAGCAAUGACACUCGGAGGCUCCCUCUUCCCCGGUGCACUCGGCGCCAUGCUGAUCGAGGUGCUCCCUUUCAUGCGAGGCGUGGCGUCAGAUAUACGGAAUGCACUGGGCGACGACAACCCGGCGGUCGUGCCUACAGUGAUGGUCGCCUACGCCAUGUCCAGUUUCCUAAUCGGGAUUGUCUUCUUGCUGCUCGGUGCUCUUGGUUUCGGUCGACUGAUAUCAUACUUCCCCCAGACGGUUUUGACAGGGGCCAUCGGCGGUAUCGGCGUCUCGCUCUUCAUCCUGGGUCUCGAGCUGCCUCUGCCCAGUGACCAGCAUCUGUCGCUCUCCAACGCAGGCACCGUACUGUUCAGCAAGCAGCAUGUUCCGCUCCUACUGGCUUCCCUUCUUCCAAUCUUUUUCAUGUGCUACUCAGUGCGAUCCGAGACGCUCAACAAGCUGACGAGAGGGGCCGUACAACACCCUUACUACGUUCCCCUGUAUUUCCUAGCCAUUGCAGCUCUGUUCUGGAUCAUUGUCGGGGGCUUGGGCGUCGAAAGACUUGGCGGUCUGCAUGGCCUCGCUGCCAGUGGCUGGCUCUUCAGCACUGGAGAAUCCCUCGGUGGUGGGAAGACGAACCUGGCUGAUGCGCUGAACUACUGGAGCUUGUUCGACUUUCGUUUGGUUGAGAUCUCUGCUCUCGGCCACGCCGUCACGAACUUCGUUCUACUGGUGGUUAUUGGAGUGUUGAAUCUCCCCGUCUAUGUUCCAGCUCUGGCCCUGGCUCUCGACGUACCCUACAGCAUGAACCAUGAGUUGAUAGGGCAGGGUGCUGCUAACAUUCUAGCUGGGGCGGUCGGAUCGCUGCCCAACAUUCUACAACUUUCCUACUCUGUUUUCUUCACCCGAGCAGGGGGCCGAAGAAUUGAAGCAGGCGUCGUCAUCCUGUUGACUCUCGUCUUGUUCUUCGUUUCAUCCUAUCUGCUACUAUACAUCCCCACUAUCUUGGCCUCAGGCCUUGUGCUCUUCCUCGGCAUCGAGCUCACCCUGGAGGCGGUGUGGGAGUCGGCUAAAGACCUAAUAUGGACGGAGUGGCUCGUUGUCAUGGCCACUCUGCUUGCUUGCGCAUUCGUUGGGUUUGCUCCUGGGGUUGGGGUGGGCAUCGCUGCCGCAGUAGUGGUAUAUACUGGCUGGGGAUGCUGGGAUUUGAGAGCGAGACCUGGUUACGUGGAGCGCAACUUGACCAUCUUGGACCAGCACUCCAAGCAUCUGCAUCACCACUCGCAUCGCCUACGAGCCAAUGCUGGUUACUCGCGUCUUCCGGACACGGCCCCCGAGGAGUCAGGGGUCAGUGAUUUGGAAGAGAAGCUACAUCCACAGAUCCGGCUUGUCCACCUCAAUGGCUACGUUUUCUUCGGCGUCAUUCCCUCGGUGGAGGCCCAGCUCAUUGCUCGAGUAAAGUCCAAAGGUGCUAGUAUAGACCCCGGCGCGCCGCAUGAGUAUGUAGUUGUUGACCUGCAAUCCGUCAACCGCGUGGAAACCGCAGCUGCCAGGGUCAUCCGCACAAAAGCCAGAGAUACCUCCGGAGUUACUCUCGUCCUGUGCGGCCUUUCAGAAGGGUCUGGCACGGCAGCCGACCUGGUCAGGUCUGGCCUAGACCUGACUUUUGCGCCCGCGGAUGGCGCAUUCCCUUCAGAGAAGGAAGGCUCUAUCCGGGCUUUCGAUGGCUGCGACUCAGCCUUGGGGUGGUGCAAAGCUGAUGUUGCUCGCCGGGAGAUAGGCACGCUGAGUGAGCCGGUUGUAAAAGGACACGCUCGCCAAAGGUUCCUUGAAUUGUUUCCACCAAGGUCGAGUUCCAUGAGUGGCUUGUCACUCGAUGAACAUGACGAUUCAAUCGAAGCCGAAGCGAUGGAGCCAAGUAUUAAUGGCUUUGAAGUGAAGCUGUACAAGGCCGAGUCGAACACCAUCCCUCGACCAACAACGGAGGCCAGCGUCCAUUUCACCUUCGUCAGCUCCGGUAGCCUGGACAUCCCCUCUUGCACCACUCAAACUACUACAUCCGCGGCUGCGCCUCGAGUGAGGUAUAACCGGGCCUCGCUGCGUGCCACCGUCAUAAACGUCUUUCGUCAGAGUUUGGACAUUGUCAUGCGAAGACCGAGGAGUGAUGAGGCGCUGCAGAAACCUUCAUCAGACAACGAGGGUGCCUCUGACAGCGAGGCGACCGAUGUUCCUACACCCAAUAAGAGGCAAGCCUACCCUGGCCAUACUACUUACGUCCCUCCACAGGUCUCCCAGGGACUUUCCUCGGUUCAAGAACCACCGUACUCGGGAUCUGACAAGGCUGCGGACGAGAUAUGUACCGCCAUUUGA